AUGUCGAACGUGCCGAUCCCGUCCGGGCCCGAUCUGACCGCGCCGACGCCGCAGAACACGCCUUUGACGACGGCGCCGAUCCAAGCCGGGCUCUCGCGGCCGACGGUGCCGGACAUCAGCGAGGACGCGGAGCCCGAGGAGGGCGCCGGCGCUGAGGGCGGCGCGGCGAUGCAGGAGGCGAUGCUCGGGAUGGUUCAGGGCAAGCUGGCCGGGCUCGUGGGCAAGAGCAGCGGAUAUGUCGAGAGCCUGCCGGAUGAAGUCAAGAUCGCCGUCGAGGCGCUCAAGGGCGUGCAGGUGAAGCAGAACGAGCUGCAGAACAAGUACAAGCACGAGUGUCUCGAGCUCGAGAAGAAGUACUUGGAGCUGUCGAAGCCCCUGUACGCGCGCAGGAACGAGCUUAUCACCGGCGCGUCCCAGCCGACGGAGGAAGAGCUCAAGGCGGGCGCGGAGGUCAGCACGAAGGACGACCCCGACGCCGAGCCCUUCACCGCGCCCGCUAACGCCAAAGCCGCGCCGAUCCCCGAAUUCUGGCUCACCGCGCUCCGGAACCACAUCGUGCUGGGCGACCUCAUCACCGAGCGCGACGCGGGCGCGCUCAAGCACCUCCAGGACAUCAGCCUCGAGUACCUCCCCACGGGCGAAGGAAAGCCCGGAUUCAAGCUGUUGUUCAAGUUCGGCCCGAACGAGUACUUCGAGAACGAGGUGCUCGAGAAGACGUAUGUGUAUCAGGAGGAGGUCGGAUACUCGGGCGAUUUUGUGUAUGAUCGCGCGGUGGGGUGUGAGAUCAGGUGGAAGGAGGAUAAGGACCUCACGAAGGAGUUCGAGAUCAAGAAGCAGCGGAAUAAGAACACGAACCGCACGCGCCUCGUCCGCAAAGCGCGCCCGGCCGAGUCCUUCUUCAACUUCUUCGCCCCGCCGACGCCGCCGUCGGAGGAGGCGAUCGAGGCGGGCGACAUCGACGAGGAGGAGCUGGACGAGCUCGAGGAGAAGCUCGAGAUGGACUACCAGAUCGGCGAGGACAUCAAGGAGAAGAUCGUCCCGCGCGCGGUCGACUACUUCACGGGCAAGGCGCUCGAGUACGAGAUGAUCUCUGAAGAUGAGGACGAGGACGAUUAUGAGGAUGUGGAUGAUGAUGAGGAUGGGUUCGAGGACGAGGAUGACGAUAGCGACGAUGCGCCCGCGCCCCGCCGUCGCGGCGGGAACAGGGGCCGCAACGCCGGCGCGCAAGCCGUCGACCCGCAGGAGUGCAAGAACCAGUGA